GGAUAUCAUCUCUCGGGUUCUCCUGCCAACGUGAAUCGAUCUGCGUGGCGAGCCAAGUCAACAUCUCUUAUCGUUCCUUGCAGCAACAUCGUCAAUGUUUCUGGCAAUACUGAAGCUGGUCGGUCGAGCCGUCAAUCUGCUUUGAGGGUCUGUACAGAUGCAACGGUCUGUCAACAGAUCUGCGAACACUCCACCUCUCCUGAUCUCCACGGAUGCCAAACCUCUGGGCCUUCCUCUUCUUCAUCCUCAUAUUCUUGUUCCGUAGCAGCGUCUAUACCAUCUCCUUCCUCCCCUGCCUCUCUGCUCGGACCACGCUCUUCCUCGCGCUCGUCUCCUGGAAAGACACAAUGUUGCACAGGUCUCAUUAUUGAAGCAGCUAGCACAUCACCUGACUCUGCAAUCACUGGCAGUAGCUCCUCUUCACUCGAUUCGGGUGUGUCGCUCUCUUCUUGCGCUCCCUGCUUGAAAUCUGGUGAUUCUCUUCUUGGCCCUGGUCGGCAGAAAGCUCUUAAGUCUCCGCAUGUUGAUCUAGUGUGUCUGUAUGCUAUCAUCUGUAUAGACUUAACUUCACAACUUACCAGCAAAUCCCCACUUUCUAUCUCCUCCUCGUCGACUAAGUCAACGAAUUCAUGGGAAUUCUUGACUGAAACCUUCCACGUCUCGGAGAUUUGCUUUAACUGGAUGUUUUAUGCAUCACGUUUCCCUUAUUAUUCGCAAUAG